AUGGCCUUCGCAUGGAGCCUUUGCAGCCAAUCCCUUUGCGACAGGGUGAACUUCUUCCGUUUGCUGGCGGUCUCCGAAGCUGCUUUCCUCCGUUGGUACCCACGCGUCGGCCAUGGAAAGCCAGUUUUCCCGCCAGGAGAGGAUCAACUGCUCUCCAACGUGCAUGUGGAGUUAGGCUUGGCACAGCGCAUGUCCUGGCGUCCGCGCUUCUUGCAUUGGCACAAUCGCAUCGCCAUUUUCCCCGCCCCAACGGUGUCUUUGGCAUGGCCAGCAGGCGCAGCGGGACGACGCGGGCUCCAUGCACAGGGGCGUCACUUGCAUCCCUCUUUGGAGCCGCAAUGCUUGUUGGAAUGGAACCAGACCUGGGUGCUUUUCCCUGCGAUCCAGACCUCACAGAACAUGUUGCGCUGUAGCCUCACGGAGCGUGAAUUGGACUAUCCGCGACACCUCACGUUCCUCUUUGCCUCUGCAGUAGAUAUCCGCGUCCCGGUGAUCCCUCGCGAGGCGCGGCCACGGUGCGUGAACCGCGGUGAACAGCUGCAGGAGCUGAAUGAAAGCAAUGAGAGUCUCUCAGACUCUGAGAAUCCACCCUUGUGCAUCAAGGAGGAGGAACCUUGCAGUGAGAAACAGCUGGUGGAUGAGAUGGUUGAUGGACUGGGGAUCCAUUACAACAGCAACGUAGAUAUGCUUUCGAGCAUCAAUCCCAGCUUGGUUCACGUGAACGGUGGAGCUGAACUUGCCAUCUAUGGCGACUUCCCUGGAGAAAAUCUCACGUGCGGCUUCGAGGGCGUGACCUACGUAGACGUGGCACGGCGCGUCUCGCCCUUGGAGCUCCGGUGCAUGGCGCCGCGACGCACGGUGGGCUUCGGGCGGGUCUACUUGAUGCAUGAGGAUGCCUUUGGGCAGCUGACCGUGAGGCACGAGGGCAAGCUCACCUUGGAAUACGUGGAGCCACCGGAACUCUUCGAAGUGCAUCCCCAGGAGGUGCUGGACGCUUCGACCACUCUCCGUGUUUGGGGCAGCUCCUUCCGUUCCCUGCCCGAACUACGCUGCGGCUUUGCCAGCCGCCAGAAGCGCCAGAGUUUCCUCACGCAUCGGAUCCCCACUUGGACCUGGAUGGGUCGGGUACGCUGCAGCACCACCUUGGCCGAACGCGCCCUGCGCAGCUUCGUGAUGUUUUCGGCCAAGCCACUGGGUAUCGGCAUGGAUCCCUUUAUGUGCGUCUCCUACAUGAUGGAUGGCACUUGGGUCUAUCACCUCAUCGAUGAUUUUGGCACCGUCGAGGCGGUGCCCUUUGCCCCUCGGGUGGAGGACUCCUUAGUGGCGGAGUUCGAGGAGGGCGAAGCUCGUAGCCUUCAGGGCCACAUGAGGAUCUUUGCGGGCACACACUUGGGCUAUGACAGGGGUGAUUUGCAGUUCUUGAAAGAUGUGGGGAACUUGACGGAAUGGCUGGAAGACCGCGCCAUGAACUUGCCGCCGACCACGCGGCAGGCGACCACGGCUCGCACCUCGACGCAAGCGCCCACGCUGUCGACCACGAGCACGACCCGGACGAUGACCUCCACGACAGUGACCAUCACAACGACCACUGUGAGCACCUCUAGUUCUACUCUUCCUGUCGUUUCAAGCCAACCAUGGUACAAUGAGACCGAGAACGAGAGCUUCGAUGAGGAUUGGAAUUUGUCCUUCCAGAAUAGAAGUCCACAGAAUCAGACGGAGCUCUCCGAUGUAGAGAAUGAGACGGAGGAGACCACCACUUCCACUGAGGAAGACAUCUCUGAUUAUUCCGAUGCGAAUGAGUCCAAUGAAACGGAGCUCUCCGAUGCAAAUGAGUCCAAUGAAACAACCACCAGUACCACAGUGACCACAUCCAGCGUGACCAGUACCAGCACCACUAGCACUAGUUCCAGCUCAACAAGCACUACCUCCAGCACAACAAGCAGUACUAGCACCAUCAGCACUACAAGCACCACGUCCAGCACCUCCACCAGUUCCAGUAGCACAACGUCCAGCAGCUCCACAUCCAGCUCAUCAACCAGCACUACUACCAGCACCAGCUCCACGUCCAGUUCAUCCAGCAGUUCUUCUACGACAUCAAGCACCUCAUCCAGCACUUCUUCUAGCAGCUCCAGUUCUACCACCAGUUCCACUAGCAGUUUCCUCAUGGAGAAUUUCACGGCCAAUGCUUCCGGCAGCGACGCCAACGAGUCGCUGCCGCCCAUCGUGGAGGUUUGGAUCGCCGGUGGCGACUUCUUCGUGACUCGCGAGGUGGGGUGGGACACCAGCUUCGUGUCCACCUUGGCAGAGUUCCACUCGACACAUUUGAUUUUGUGCCCCACUCCCGAUAGCUACUCCUGGAAGCGCUUGGGGGAUGGUGCUGUGAAGCUCCAUGUCUCCUUGAAUGGUCAGGAGUGGUCUGAGCCCUUGGACCUCACCUUCCGCUUCCAACCGACCUUGCCGCCUCCCCUUGCCCCGCCCCCCGACGCCCGGCGCGGCGACGCGGCGGCGGCGGCCUCCGGCGUCAGCGGCGCGGCGGCGGCGGAGGGGAUGCCGGAGCUCCGGUUCCGGCUGGCGCAAGUGACGCCGGUGAUGGGGCCAACGUCUGGAGGAACCAAUCUGUCUGUGACGAUCACCUCAUGGCCGCGCUUGCUGGCAGACUUUCACUUCGACUGCCUCAUUGGACCCCGCCGGGUCCCUGCCAAGCUCAUCGAGGUACUGCCAGACUAUCGUAGCUACACCUUGGGUUGUACUGUGCCUGCUGCGCUGGAUAUUCCAAGGUUGACCGUUGCAGGCUGCACCUGCAAAAAGUUGUGGUUUACACCAACUGGUCAAACUUGCGACCACUACUGUUGCAACCCGGAGGGCGACGCUCCAAGGCUGUGGUGCUCCGUGGAGCAACCCUUAUGUCAAGGAGCAGAUUGGGGCUUUUGUGACAGUGAUGAGGAUCCCAUUCUGGCGGGCAGCUUCCCCGUGUGUGUGCGCGUGAUUCCCUCGAAUGCCACCAGCUUCUACGAAUAUGAACCUUGCCAGCAUCGCUUCACCUACGUCAGGCAGCCUCAUGUGGACAGCAUCUCUCCGCGCACUGGACCCUCCACUGGUGGCACCAAUGUCACCCUCUAUGGACGCUACUUUCCACAGGCGCGUUUGGGUGGCUUGCUUUGCCGUUUCGGUGAAGGUCGUUCAAGCUCUGUGACUCCUGGGAGAUGGCUCAGCCGAGAUGAGAUCACUUGCGUGUCUCCACAGAUCCUCGGUCACGUGGACUCCAUCAGUACGUGCCGUCGUGCCGCGCGCAGCUCCGCCGACCUGCCCACGCGGUGCCUCGUGGGGGCGUUGACAGUGCCGGUGACUAUCUCCAUCAACGGCGGAGCUGAUUGGACGCCCAGCACGGCAUACUUCAACUUCGUCAAGGAGUUGCGAGGUCGCAUUUAUCCCAGCUUCGGAUCGCGGCGCGGCGGCACGCUGUUGGACGUCCAUGUGCCACGGGAGGAGAUCACAAACUUGGAGCUGUCGCAGGUGGUGAGCUGUUGCUUCGGUGGGCCGCCGGCCACCAUCGUGCCAGCGACACGGAUCUCUGAUGAGCUCUACCAAUGUCGAACACCACCUUGGCCACAAAGCCCUGCUCAAGUGAGUAUUGGCGUGGCGCAGGCAGAUGGCCGCUGCCAAAGUCCUCCCUAUGCCAAGUUCGACUACACCGAGUCGUGGAAGAUCAUGCGGGUCUUUCCGGUGGAGUUUGAUGAGAAGCAACAGGCUGAAGGCUUUCGGCUGUUCAUCUCGGGCGAGAACUUCCUCCCGUCCUCCACGGCCAUGUGCCGCCUGGGCGGCCGCAUCCUGGGACCCGCCGAGGUGAUUGGCACGAACUACACCCUCCUUUGCCAUGUCCCUCCCACCGGCUUUCACUUGGAAGCUUCACCGCAAGGCAUCACUUAUGAAGUUGAGGUGGCCAUCAACGGUCAGGACUUCGUCGGCGCCACCCCACCGGUCUUGGUACGCUUCGUCACGGCCACCUUGGUCGUGACCGACUACCUGGAGGAGCUCUUCACCCGUGGCUUCCUGGACCACGACCUCGAGCUCUUCCGCACGAGCCCGCUACUGCGCAGCUUCGCUGAUCGCUUGCGCCCCAUCAUCGAGAUCUCCGACCUUGGCGACUAUUUGAUCACCAAGAUCGCGAGCUACCUCAUCACGAUGAUGAAUCCUCCAUCGACUACCGGCGGAUCCAUUCCUCUUCAGGAAUAUCGACGAGAUGUUCCACCAGGCUGGCAACCAGGAGACCCCUCCUAUCCACUGAGGAGCUACUUCGAGAAGAUGCGGCUUUGGUACCGCGUGAGCAACGUGGAAGAUGAGAGCGUGGGGCCACUCCUGGCCGGUCGGCUCUAUGGCCGAGCUGCAAAGGUCGCCAUGACCUUGAAGAUCCCACGGCCGGAUGGCCGAUUUGACACUGGGGAUGCGGCCCUGGCACGCCUCUCGGUCGAUGAGGUGCUGGAUCCUACAACUGGAGCGGUGAUUCAGCAAGCGAUUCCAUCGGGGGUACAGUUUUUGGUGGAUGCUCUGCGACGAGCUUUUGGACAACAAGAUCAAGAUCUUGCAACAGAAGCGCUGGAGAAGUUUUUCAGUUUACAGCGCGGCAAGUUGUCCCUGGCUGAGUAUGCCGUGGAGUUUGACACCAGACUGGAUGAAGCCUCCGAUCGAGCAGGACUGCAGUUGAACGAUGUCGGAAAGUUCUUUUUGUGGUUCAAGCAUAGCGGCAUGUCCACCAAGGUGAUCGACGACAUCAAGCUACAAGUUGGUGGAGACUACAACAGGUUCCAGGAUGCAAGAACAUUGGCUCUCCGGAUGAUGAGUCCAAACAGAUCCGACAGAGAUGAUACAACCAUCUUCUACGAGGACAACCUUGAAGAGAGCUACAAUGACAACUACGGCUAUGAUGACUCCUGGAAUCAAGAUCAGUGGCAUGGCUAUGAAGCAACAGAAGAAGGUGAAUGGGUCUAUGAGACUGACGACACCUACUAUCAAGACUGGUCAGAAGAGGCAGAUGAGUGGCAGAAUUUCUAUGAGGAUGAGACACCAUGGAACUAUGAGGAGCCAUGGACAUCUUCAUAUGAGGCAGAGACACAACCGACCACUUCAGGAGCAGCACAGACAGAAGAGACCUUCGCCGAUCAGGAGACCUACUACAAGGGCAAAGGAAAGAGCAAGGACGGUUGCUUCAACUGCGGAAGCAAAUGGCAUCAAGUUCGCGAUUGCCUCAUGAAGUCAGAGAAAGGCAAAGGUCAUGCCUAUCAGAGCAAGGGCAAGUUCGGCGGCAAAGGCAAGGGCUUCCGUGGACGCUGGACGUGGCGACCAUCUUCAUGGAAAGGAAAAGGCAAAGGCAAGUUCGGCUAUCGCGGUGGCUCCAAAGGUGGCUUCAAAGGCAAGAGCAAGAAAGGACACUGGUUCAUGACUGAGACCUCUGGUCCGACAAGUGAGCGCACUCUCAAUGUCCAGGACGGCAACAUCCAAGUUCUGGGCACCACAGAUCGGAUCGAUCGGAGCCACACGCCAGAAGCCUUCAUCAUCCACUCCUCCUCAGAAGAUGACAUCAUGAAGGUUCGACGAGCCUAUGCUGCCACAUCAGCGAAUGAGGCGACCUCCAGUGAAGAGCCUGCAACAGCACAGAAACAGCCCAAGAACUUUGACACGACAACAUGGAACUUCAUGUUUCUGGCUGGUGAAGCAUGCUCGUACUUCCAGGUUCGCGGACAAGAGCGAAAAGGUCUUCUGAUUGAUCCUGGUGCCGCAAGCGGCCUUAUUGGCAGUGAGACAUUGCGCAUGUUGCUGAAGGAGUGUGUAGUGGACACCCCACAAUUUGAGUUCGACAAGACGACACCUGUCUCUGGCAUCAGCGGAACUUCAUCAUCAACGCUUGGACAGGUGACUGUACCUCUUCGAGUUGGCAGCAUGCCUAUCACAUACACUGCUGAGGUUCUUGGCGGCGAUGGAUCUUUAUGUCCCGCACUGGUCGGAAAUCCCACACUUCGGAAGCUCAAUGCCACCAUCUUUGCCAAUUGGUUUGACAAUGGUGAUGGCUUGAUGACCAUGGAUGGACGACAAGAUGAAGGUACCGUGGCCAUCAAAUUCUUCCGACUUUUGCUCACCGAAAGUGGACACUACAUCCUGCCAACAGACAACAAGGAAAGCCAGAAGGUUCACUACAUGGAUAAGAACAAGGCCAUCCUCUUCAGUCAGAAAGUUGCACUGGCGACACUUCCACAGGCACGGGCAGAAGGUGACCGGUGUGAAAACAUGGCAUUGCAUUCCAAUGUCAUUCCUGAUGACAAGAUGAUGACCGCACAUCAUGCAGCACAAGAAUUACCAGGUCAACGACCAUCGAAUGACAAUGAGCAGAAGCAGACAAACCUUCCUGAUGCAGUACAACAUCCACAUGAUGCAGUACAACAUACGGCGCAAGCCUUGCGAGAAGAGAGCGACCAGAUCAACGAGAGCCAUGACCACACUGCUGAUGGGCACUCCAUUUUGGAUAGUCAGACCCAGACAGCAGAGAAGAAGCAGUUUCACAGUUGCACGACAAUUCAUGAAGAAGCAGAAGAUGAUGGUGAAAAUCCCAAGCCUGCGAAUUUCACUCCAUCGGCCAUUUUGGCCAGUGAACAAGAAUCAAGUGAUCGCUAUGUCCAUGAUGUUCUUCCAGCAGAACACGAUCAUCUUGAUGUCUCCAAGUUGAACAAAAGAUACAAGGCCAUUCCUGAGGAGUACUACACCAGAUCCGGACUCACACCUGUGACUCCAGGAAACUUCAAGAGCUGGUUCUCCAAGACACGUGGACGUGGUCUUCGGUGGCACGCAUGGGAGCUUUGUUCAGGCUCUGGAAGACUCAGCCUGUGUUUGCUCAUGGCAGGUCUUGUUGUGGGCUUUCCGGUUGACUAUCGCUACGGCUGGGACAUCAACAAUGCCCAACAUCAGAGCUACCUCAACCAGGCCUACCACGAGUUCAAGCCAGGUGUGGUGCAUGCAGCGCCUGACUGUGCACCAUGGAGCGUGUCCGCCAACACCAAGGAUCCACGACUCCGGCAUCAAGACCGACUUCGUGAUCGUCCCGGACUUCAAUGGUUGCAAGAAAUCUUUGAGAAGCAAGAUCGACAAGCCAGAGGCUACAAUCUCGAACAGCCUCACAACAGCGCCAUGUGGCAAGAACAUCUACCAGAGAAUCCGGUGCGGCUGUCCCGCAUCAAAGGCAACCGCAGCAAGCAAAGAGUUGAUCAAUGCAUGCAUGGAGCUUGUGAUGAAUGUCAGAAUCCCAUCAAAAAGUCAACAAGCUUUGGCAGCAACAUGAGAUGGAAUCGAUGUGCUCUCAGGUGCUCAGGCCACAAAGGACGAGCUCACUCUCAUCUACAAGGCACUGGACCUAAUGGACUCUCACGGACAUCAAUGGCGGCAGUCUAUCCACAGACACUAUGCCAACGCACGAAGAACGACAUCAUUGGCUACCUCAACAACAAGGAUCUGAUUGACAUUGGCAAGUGGCCAGAUGACUGCUACCAUUCUGUCAUCACACACAUGUAUGAGUGUGUCCGAUGUCAACUUGGCAGAGCAUGUCCAAAGUCCAUUGAGCACUCGCUGAUUCCUGGGCAAUGCAGACAUGGCAAAUGGCCUCUAGGAGAAAGUCCAAAAGAAAAGGCGAAAGCUGAUGCAGAUCCUCUGACACGAUGGAAGAAUGAAACACGCAAAGAAGUGCUUGAUACAGUGGAUAUCAAGAACAUGUCCUCCUACGGUGGCUUCCACAUUGAAGACAUGCAUUUCCUCAAGAAGCUUCUCAUGGAGACAGUGCACGCAGCGCUGGGCCUCUUCGAUGAAGCUCUUCAACAGAAGAAAGAAUAUAUGCACUGGAUCGACGACCCGGUGCACAUGAGCCUCUACAAGGAGAUCUUUGGUGGCGUGCUGGUGGUGAAAGGAGUUAAGGUGUCACUUCGCCCUUUUACAGAUGGAACAGCAGAACCCAAGUUGACGAUGGUGUCAUCCUACCUUCGACUUCAUGUCUAUGGCCAUGUCAAGGAGUGGAAGAUCAUGCCAGUACACGAUCUCAGAGAGAUGAGCCACUCACAGAUUCACCAGGCCAUCGACAUUGAUGAUUGGCUGAUCACCAUCUAUGGUGUUGAGACAGCAGCUGUUCCAGCACCAUCAACUCCGGCUUCAAGACCAAGGACACGACCAGAAGAACCACCAAUGCCUCCGAAGCCUGAAUCUUUAUCGCUUCCAAGACUCAUGGACAGACCAGCAGAUGAAAAGGCAGAAGACGCCAUCGUGGAGACCAUUUAUGAAGAUGCUGAGCUUGCAACGCAGUCACAUCAAGAGAUUGCUCCGAUCAAGCCCAACUACAAUCUGCGCAAAGUCCUUGAGAGACUUCCGAAAGCAGUCAAAGAAGGAGACAUUGCAAGAGCAAAGAAGAUCAUGAAGUACACGGAAUCCAUCUCCAGCUACAAGCCGAUCCUGCAUGGAUGGGUCACUGACAAGAUGAACAGAUGGAUCAGACUUCCUAAGGACAAUGACACGGCCAUCAAGGUGAUGCAAUGGGCAGCAGAUGCUUACAGCAUGUUGGACAAGUCAGAAUGUCACGGUUGCAUCCUUGGCAAAGCACUCAGACAUCUUCAACCACCAAAAGGCACAGUUGGACAUCUCAUCACAUGGAUUCAUGGCGGAGUCAACUACGCCAUACAAGAACACAACAGCGACAACAACAUGAUCAUGAAGAAGAUCACCAACUACGCCAGAGAAGACAUCUGCAUUAUGUACCUCUUCCGAUAUGUGACCAAGAUUUCAGAAGACAUGGAACGCUCACCACAAAAGAUGCCAACAACGUCAAUGGAACCUAUGCAGGUGACACCACCACAUCAUGAAGAACAAGAACCAGAAGACAUGGACGUUGAGCGUCAUGGUGAGAAGCGUGAAGGUCCAGACAGCAGAACAGUUACUAUAGCUCCUGAACGCAAGAAGCAGAAGACCAUGCUGGUGAAGAAAGAUCUCGAGUUCCUCAGACACUACUUCAUCGCCACGAAUAAGGACAGAUUGGUGCAAUUGGAUUUCCCUGAGAACUGGAAGAAUGACUACAACCUCAUGAUGACCACGACACGGAAGUUCCUCAUCAAGCAGUACGAUGAACGAAGGAAGAUGCUUCCAGAACUCUUCCACAUCGAAUACAAGCAGAACCAUUUUGCAUAUGCCAAGGGCGAGAUCUACAAGGUUGAUCAAGAGACCAACAACAUUGAGGACGAAGACAUCACUCCAGCAAUUUGGAAGGAGCUCGAUGAAGCGGACAGAAAUGAAGUCAAGCAGUUUGUCGAUGAGAAGGCAUUCAAGAAGAUCCACAAGAGUGAUGGCUAUUUCAUUGGCCAGAAAGAGUUUGCGAAACGCAUGAAACCAGCAGCUGUUCCAGAUCGAGCAGAUGAUUCUCCUCUGAAUCCUCCAGAAGUUUCUGACCUCAGGUCAAUCCUUGGAGCUCUACUUUGGAUUACAGCAACACGGCUGGAUGUGAUUGCAGACGUUUCCUUGUUGCAAUCAAGGGUGACAAAAGCAGAAGUGCAAGACAUCAAGAAUGCCAACGAAGUGCUGAAGAAAGUGGUUGAACAUGCAGACAUGGGUUUGCACUACAGAUUCUUCAAGCACAAGGCCAAGAGACUUGCAGUGAUUCAUGACGCCUCUGCAGCGAGCAAGGGCAGAUCAUAUGCACAAGAAGGUGUGAUCAUUUGCUUGACAGAUGAUGCCUGGCAAGACACGAAGAUCAGCUAUGAUCACACCUGCACUACAGAAGAAGAUGAUGACAAGCAUGGCGGUGUCAUGCAUGUGCUCUACUCUCACGGAGCCAAGUCGAAACGCAUUUCGUACAGUACAUCGCACGGCGAAACGCUGGCCAUGGUGAAUGCACUAGAGGCUGCGACGCUUUGCAUGAUCCGACUCAGCGAGAUCACGCACUCCGAGAAGAAACCGAGCUUGCAGCAGCUGAUAGCAAUUCAGUCACAAGGCAAUGCAUGUUUGCCCAUGGACAUGUACUGUGAUGCAAGAGAUGUUUUCGAACUCGUGACCGGCACGAAGACACUUCCACAAGACAAAACCCAAAGACUGUAUGUUUUGGCAGUGAAGGAAGCUAGGUUGGACGGAAGAAUCAGAAUGGUGGCACUCAUUCCCACACAAUGCAUGCUGGCCGAUUCGUUAACGAAGAGUCUUGAACAUGACAGCAUGUAUCUUUUGCUUUCCACAGGGUUAGUCAAAAUGUAUGGGGUGAAAGACCAUCCAAUCAUUUUCAGAGUCCUUCCAACGGCAAGAGACUUCAGCGAGAACGACCUCCAGAAAGACGACAAGGAGAUCUAUGAGAAGUUUGGGGAGAAAGCUAAAGUCUCUUUCGCCACCUUCCUCCUCGGGUUGAUCACAAAGAACAAGCUCAUGAUGGUCAUGCUCGCAAUGUCUAGCGCGGCUCAAGCUCACGAAUUUGAUCGCGCUCCAACAGAAGAGGACAGCGAGAUGUGGAGCAUCUACAUGCUGAUCCUUUACACCAUUGUGGUGGCCAUGGCAGUGCAGUUGGUGAUGCACUACAUCCUGAAGAAGAAGGAGUCAAAGCCAAAGGUGAUGGUGAAAGAAGAACCAUCGAGUGACGAUGCCAUGGAGGUGGACUUCGAAGCAAGCAGCAAGAAUCGCAAGCGAGCAAGGGAGUUGACAAAAGAGCAAGACAUCGAGAAGCUGAAGGACAAGAUUGCAAGCUAUGAGGACUUGACCGAAAAGCUGCAGCGAAGCAAAGAACAGAACAAGACUUCAGCUGAUGAUUGGUAUCGACGAUACCAAGACGCCAAAGACGAUCUUGACGCGGCCAAGACGGAGAGAGAUGAUGCUCGAGAAGACCGAGACAAACAUCGGUCGAUGCUCUACGAGGAGUACAACAAGCAGGUGGACCUGCGCAACAGGAUCGAGACCUUAGAGAACCAAUUGCAGACAGAGAAGGACAGACUUGAUGGCAUGAAGAAGGCCUACGAUUUGGCUGAGAAGCGCAACAAAGAUCUCGAGAAGAGAUUGGUGGAGGCCGAGCGAGAAGCCAAGAUGACUAGAUCACUGGCACCAAUUCCGAGUCCGACGACACCACAGUCAGCGGUGAUCCAAUUGGAGAAGGAGAAGUUUCCUGAGAGGGUGUACAACACCGGCAAUGGUACAAAGUACCACAGUGAAGGCUGCCACCAUUUGAGCAGCCUAGCAAAGGCAUACACCAAGUGCUUGCAUUGCACGAGGUCGAACCGGCGAAUGUCUCGGCUUUGGGCCAUCUACCACUCACCGUGGCAGGAGCGGUGCGGUUGCGGCUCCAACCUGGGCGCCGAUGUCCGCUAUUGCAUCUUUGGCGAGGAUGAGCGUGCGGUGGAGGUGCCAUUGGCCUCCUUGGCCAGCGAACGAGAAGUGGUUUGCACUACGCCCCACUGGGAGAUCCAGCCCCUGGGUGCCGUCUCGGAACGUGUGCUGGUACGAUUGUCCUCCAAUGGUGUUGGCACUUCGCGAAGACCAUCUGCCUAUGUGACUUUUGUGGCGUAUCCUUAUGCACACACGGUGGAGCCCAAUGAAGGCCCAGUUGAAGGCGGCACCAUCGUACGAGCCUAUGGCCAUCAUUUCAGGCCAAAUGGCCAGGAGAUCAUCCUCCAAUGUGUCUUUGGUUCUCGCACCAGCCAGGCGUUGGUGAUCUCCGACACAGAGCUUCAUUGCACCUCGCCACCCGUGGACGGCGCUUUUUUCUCCGACGGGACACUUGGCCUCCUUUGA